AUGCUAUUAUGGCAAAUAAUUGCAGGGAGAGCUAUCACUGGCCUUGGAGGAGCGGGCAUGGUUGCCCUUAUUUCAGUGAUCAUUACAGACAAUGUUUUACCGAGUCAAGUGGCUCUUACAAGAAGCUAUGUCAACACGGUCAAUACCAUUGGACGAGCAUUUGGUGGUCCCCUGGGCGCGGCCAUUGCAGAUACAGUGGGUUGGAGAUGGUCUUUCAUUUCGCAGGCCCCCACAGCUCUUCUUUGCGGCAUUUUUUGUAUGCUCUUGUUGACAACCACAGAAGGGCCCGGGGAUAAGAGCAGCGACAGAUUCAAGAACUCUACGGCCUCGCCCAAGAUCGACUUCCUAGGAAUCAUAACCUUCGCCAUUGCGAUCACGAGUCUGUUGGCAUUGAUUGAAAGCUGGGGCAAGGGUAAAUCAGAGUCUUCUUUGGUCUUGUUGGGAGCAACGGUUGGGUUCGGUGUGCUCUUCCUUCUAAUCGAAGCAUAUUACGCUGAGCAACCGUUAAUUCCACUCUCUCUGCUGAAAACAACCUCAGCCAUUUACAUGGCUAUUCAGGUGCUGCUACUGUUUGGUCGUCAAGCGCAUUUGGCAAGCCUCUCUCCCUAUUUCCUCUGGACCAGGGAUAUCAGCGCAACAAAGGCUGCGACUUAUCUUAUUCCCUCCUCGAUUGGAUUUACCUUCGGAUCUAUCAUCGCCGGCGUUCUUAUCCAAAGGUUCGUUCGGGAUCUCUCCUAA